AUGGCAUUUUUGAACGCUGUUAUUAAAGAUUCUGAUAUGGAUCAGUAUAUGCAAGAAGAGGCUUUGAAUGUAGCAGCAGAUGGAAUGGAUAGACAUGAUAUAGAUAAAGAUAUGGCUUCACAUUUGAAACAAUAUUUUAAUUUAAAAUAUGGAAGAACAUGGCAUUGUAUUGUUGGAAAACAGUUUGGAAGUUUUUCUAAUGAUAAUCUUUUAGUGAUAAUUUUAAGUAUGUUCAUUUAUUUUAAUAAAUUCUCAAGUAAUAUCACCGUUUUAAUUAUAAAAGUUAAUGAGAAUUAUUCUAUUCAACCAUUAUUAUUAUUACUGUUUAUGGUAUUAUUAAAAGUAAUUGUACUCACAUUAAAAACAAAUGAAAACACUGUAAAUGAAAUAUUUUUAUUGGAUAUGCAAAAUUCAUAA